GAAAAGAUAUUAUGUUCAUUCGAAAAUUAUAUCGAACUUAUUUGCUUUCCAACUUUCAAAGAUCUUCAGUGUAUCUAUCACGUAGCUCACAUUAAACCACUUUAUUUGUCAUAAAAACGAAACACAACCUAGUUGCCGGAAGUGUUAAUUUUCUUAACCCUUCAAGAUGACUGAUGGAGAAAGUCAACCUAAGGGUCCGGUUAUGGGGACUAUGAUUUUUCCUAUGGUUAAAAUCCCUGGUUUAACAGACUUUACUCAUGGUAAUUUAUCAGGUCAAAGAACUCUUUGUUCUGGAAUGGAUAUGGACUUACAAAGAUGCUUAGCACGUGUUGGUCUGAACAAACAUUUGGAGCUUUGUUCUAAAGAAUCUGAAGAUUUCGUUGAAUGUAUGUCACAUUCAAAACAGCGUGAACGAUAUGAAAUAAUGAAAGCAGAAAGAGAAAGACAGAAGAAAGCUCCAUUACCACCUCCACCUUAUGAUAGUUUGGGAGCUGUUUUACCGCAAUAGUGUUAUAUGAGGAAUAUUGAUUCUGCUCUAAAAUAUACAAGUUCCAUAUUUAACUAUUAUCAAAUAUUUAGAUGAUUGUAAGUUUUGUUGUAAAUGGGAUUAAACUCUCUAGUAUUCAUUUUGCUUGCAAUUUUAAAUAAAUUGAUAGGGACAGGUUUUGCCAUCUGUUUCACCAAUCUACUUUAGUCUAAAAAAACGGGAAUUUUUUAGUUUAGCUAAUCAGUAAUAGUGUUCACAGCUCACCAUCAAAAUUUGAGCCUACAAAUUCAUGUGUGUCCAGAUUAUCUGCGUUUAAAAGUUAAAAUGAUGUCUUUCUUUUCUAGUGCAGGUACGAUAUAUCAGUGAAUCAAUGUAUCAUAUUGCAAGGAUGUGUAUUGAUACCUCAACGUAUGACAAAGUGGGGACACAAUUUUUUUUUUCACUC